AUGCCAAAAUCAAAGAGAUCCAAGCUCGUCAGUUUGACCCAAACAGAUAAAAAGGGCCGUGACAAUAAAGAAAGAAUCUUCGAUGAAGUCAGAAGUAAUUUGGAUACUUUCAGAUAUGCAUGGUUAUUGAACCUCGAUGGUGUGAGAAACCAAGUUCUUCAAGAACUUAGAUCAGAAUGGGCCGGCUCAAAACUUAUCAUGGGUAAGCAGCGUGUUUUGCAAAAGGCUCUCGGUGACACUAUUGAAGAAGAAUAUAAAGAAAACUCUAGCCAAUUAUCUAAGUUGUUUGAUGGUGUUGUGGGGAUACUAUUCACCGAUGAAGAACCAAAGGUGGUUAAAGACUAUUUCGAAUCUUACUCGAAAAACGACUAUGCUAGAGCCAACUCUAAGUCUCCUAUUGAUUUCACUAUACCUCAAGGGAUUGUUUACUCUAGAGGUGGUCAAAUAGCCGAAGAUGAAGAUAUUCCAAUGCAACAUACCAUGGAUCCAACAAUGAGAAACACUUUCAAACUUCCAACCACUAUCAAGAAAGGAAAAAUUUUCUUGGAAGAAGAAUACCCUGUUUGUGAAAAGGGUGAAACUUUGGAUGUCCGUAAAGCUUUGAUUCUUAAGCAGUUUGGUGUUGCUUGUUCGGAAUUCAAAGUGGGAUUGUUGGCUUACUACGAUAACAAAACUACAAGCGUUGAAAAAUUAUAA